CGUGCCGUCUCAUCAGGCUUAAGUCGGCUUUGUUGCAAGCCCAGUCCCCACGCCCUGCGUCAUUGAGUGAGUGAUCAAAAGCCCCCGCCAUGCAUGCACCUUGUCGCGCCCGCUUUAUAGUCCAACGUGCCCCUUGGCCGCGGUCGUCGAAUGCUACACGCCCGGCCGACCCGCCUAACCACAGGCUGCCCUUCACGAUACGUUUGCUUACUACGCACAUACAAACCCGACGAUUGACCCCGCCGCUGCCUGUGCCUGCUGCCAUGAGUUGCUUCCGUUACUGAUUCCGGAUAAGACAGCACCUGAGCAACCCACCCGACCCCCCGAUCGCGCCUACUACUCGCAUCCCUACCCCGUUGUCGCAGGCGCAUAACCGGCCACCAUGGCGACUACCUUCAAGAACAUGCUGCACCCCAUGCAACACCACCGGGACAAGAAGGAGGCCUCUUCACCGUCGCAAUCUGGCCCGCUACACGACCGCACCGAUUCGGCCAUGGACCGGCCGCGCGAGGAAGAGAAGCAGCACCUGGCGCAAUGGGAGGCGCAAAAGCACACACUCAGCCACGACGAGAUUGACAUUGACCCGGAGAAGAAGCCCGUUGGCCACUCUUCCAAGGUCCUGCGCGAGGAAGACUUUGAGCUGAUCAAGACACUCGGCACCGGUACAUUUGCGCGCGUGUGGCUGGUGCGAUUAAAGGACGCACAGGCGGGCGACGAGAACAAAGUCUUUGCAUUGAAGAUUCUGCGCAAAGUCGAUGUGAUUCGGCUCAAGCAAGUCGAGCACGUCCGGAACGAGCGCAAUGUCCUGGCUAAAGUAGCCGGCCACCCGUUCAUAACCACCAUGGUCGCCAGCUUCCAAUCGCUGGAUUCCCUCUACAUGGUGCUCGACUACUGCCCCGGCGGUGAAGUCUUCAGCUACCUGCGGAGAGCACGGCGCUUCAACGAGCCCACCUCACAGUUCUAUGCUGCCGAGAUUGUCCUUAUACUAGAGUUCCUCCACGAGAGGGAAGGCGUCGCAUAUCGCGACCUAAAACCCGAAAACAUACUCAUAGACGCCGAAGGCCACCUCAAGCUGGUGGACUUUGGGUUUGCCAAGAAGGUAGAGAAUAGAGAGACCUACACACUCUGUGGCACACCCGAGUAUCUGGCACCCGAGGUCAUUCGGAACACAGGCCACGGCACGGCAGUCGAUUGGUGGGCGUUUGGUAUCUUGGUGUACGAAUUCCUCGUGGGACAACCACCGUUCUGGGACCAGAACCCAAUGAAGAUUUACGAGCAAAUCGUAGAAGGGCGCGUGCGCUUCCCUUCUGCCAUGUCCCCCACUGCACGCGACCUCAUCUCCGGCCUCUGCACCGUCGACACAUCCAAGCGCCUAGGUAACGUCGCAGGCGGCGCUCAGCGUGUGAAACAGCACGAGUGGUUUAAGAACAUCGACUGGCAGAAGCUGUAUAACCGCGAAGUCCAGGGACCCAUCGUACCACAUCUAAGGGGGCCCGCUGACACACGCAACUUUGAUGAAUACGAACCCGAGUCGGAGAAGAGAGACCCAUAUACCAAGGAACUGAGCGACAAAUGGGAAGAGAGCUUCAAAGACUUCUAGGUUCGUGUCUGUGGGCUUCACAGGAGGAAGCCCGAGAACGGCUCGGUGCCUUGGAUAUGAUGUGUCGAGCCUGAGGAUCGAGACUCGGACAGAGGGAUAGAGGGAGAGCAUUGGAUAUGCAACCCGGGUCCACCACGAAGCAUUGUAAAUGGAAGGCGAAGGAGGCUUUGUGCUUGGUGGGGUG